UGUAUAAAAUAAAGGAAAUGUGGUGUCCUGCUUAUUCUAAGAAGUAUUGGUCUGGUGGUAUAUUGUCUUCUCAACGUAGUGAAACUACUAAUAAGUCAGUUUCACAACGUCUUAAUAAGGCUCAAGGUUUAUGUGAUUUUUAUCAUGUUUUUCUUGAUGUCAUUUCUGAGUGGAGAAGUAAGGAAGGUGCAAGAGAUUACAAUACUCUGAGGGGUAAUAGGCACCUAGCUUUUGCUAAUAUUGGUAUAUUAGUUCAUGCAAGAUCAUUGUACACUAUUCAAGCUUAUGUGCUUUUUGAAGAGGAGUUCAUUAGGGGGACAGCUUAUGAUCAUGUUGAUAAUGGUUUGCGUUUUCCAGAAUAUUCAUAUCUUCUUUGGAGGCCUGGGAAGGAUAUAAUUAAGCAUGAAGUUGUUUUUAAUAAGGAAACACAUGCAAUUUGUUGCACAUGCAUGUACUUUAGUGAGACUGGUUUACUUUGUUCUCAUUCUCUUCGAGUAUAUCAUUUGCAUUGUGUGCGUAAUAUUCCACAAGAGUAUAUAAUGAAACGAUGGACAAAGGCUGCCAUGUGUAGUCAUGGUAUUGAAGAACCUACUUUGAGGACAAAUGUUGUGGCUACUAGUGUUUGGAGGUCACAAACAAUCAGAAAGUUUGUUAAGUUGAUAACAAGUUGUCAGAAUUCUUUGAAUGCAAGGGCAGAGGUUGAGUGUUAUUUCAAUCUGUUAAAAGAAAAGGUUGAGAGUAUAUCAGGUGUAAUUGACUUUAGUGAACCUGUUAAAGAGGUUGAAAUUGUUGAUCUUGAGAUCAAGAAUCCUCCAAAAGCUAGGCCUAAAGGUGAGAGGAAUGUAAGGCCUAAGAGUACCUUGGAGAAGCAGUGUAACAAGGCAAAGGGUAAUUUCAAGAGGAAAAAGUCUCUGUACACUCCUUACAAAAGGGGUAUAGGGCAAGCAGUUGUACAGGAACUUGAUGAGAACGGUUGUGCUGUUACUUAUGCUAAUUCUAUUAGUGAUCCCAUUGAAUUGAUUGUUUUGAGCAAUAAACGGGCUCAGGUAAAUUCAAAUGUGCCAAAAAAACAUUUUAUUUAUAUUUUAUUAAUAUUGAUUUUUAUAAUUUAAAAAUAUCGGUCGGCUUAAAAUCAGCCGUUGUAGAAGAAAUUCCUUCUAGUUCUAAGGAAUCAAAUCAUAGUAUUUCCAAUGAUUUUGAUCAGGCUACUGGUGAAAGCUCUCUUUCAUCUAUCAUAUCUAUUGAUGUUGAUAUUUCAUCUAUUGCUAAGGCGAAGGAUUUAAAUCUUGAAGGUGUUUCUGCUGUUCAAGCUCGUUCUAAUGUUGGUGCAAAUAAAGGUGCUUCUGGUGUUAAAACUUACUCUCAAAUUAAUCCAAGAGUUCCAAUUGAUACUAGUGCGUCAACAAAAUCUCCUGUUGUUAUUCAACCUACUGUUCCCAGGAAUGUUCAAAAUCAAACUCAGAAUUGUUCAAACACCAAUCCAGAAAUGAUCAUAUCCAACUCCAGGAAUGUUCAAUCAACAAAUGUUCAAGUUAUUUCUCCUACGAUUCAAAUAAAUGAUCAAGGAUUUCGUGUUCAGAAUGUUCAAGUUACUCCUCCCACAGUUCAAAGAAAUGAUCAAGGUGCUCGUGUUCCAAUUCUUCAAUCAAGAAAUGUUCAAUUAGGUUCUAAAAAGAUUUCUUCUAAGUAUGAUAGGUUGUUAGCCUUUUUUUAUACAAGUGUAGCUAAACGUUUGGCUAAUAAAGAUAAAUAAUUAGUAUUCCAGAACUUUAUAAA